GAUAAUAUUAAUUACUGGAAAAAAGAACGAGAAAGCAUAAAUGAAGUCAAUUUCUUGGAAUAUAAACAAAAUUUCGAGGCUAAAAUGAAGGUCCCUACUACUUCCCAUAAAAAAGAAUUAAAAAUCACUCUUUAG